AUGACAAACAGAAGAACAACGUGCUGUCCGCUCAGAACCUGGCCGCCAAGGCACACGUUAGCUGACUCCUCCAUCGGCCAAGCCUCAUCUCAAAACACAGUAGAGACUAAGGAGCAUCAUAAUUUCCCAGUCGGAAUCUCAAAUAGCUAACACACACACCUAUCUUUCUUUUAUACUGGACAGGCUCUUUUGGGAAUAGCUCACAAGUUUCCGGUAGCCCGAUGUUAUGAACAACUAGUGAAUCAAAUGGCACCUAUGCUGAUAGACGCUAUUUCUUCAGCUAAAUUAGCGCAGUAACAAUCUACAGUAUCUAAUUAUAGAUAAUUUUCUGUUCAUCUGUCUAGGUACUUCUGACCCUUUUACUGUAAUUCCUGAGCUCUCAGAACAUUGAUCAGAGAUUUUCAAUAAUUUAAUUCUAAGGGUCGGCUCUUUAGCUGGUGUAAAUCAAUGCAAUUUCUUUGGCUUCAGAGCUGAUCAGAAUAGAGUUGUGUUAAUUUCUGCAGUGGAGAAAGUGGUCUUAAACAACUUAAAGCAUGCUUCUGCAUCUUAGCCUGUCACACCUGCUCUAAAGUCUGUUAGCUGAAAACAGAUGCAGGAUAAAAACAUCCACAGUUACCAGUGGAAUGAUGAUAAGGCGUUGUCAGACUAUUUGGAGAAAGUGUAGAGGCAGAGAUAAACACAAAUAUUUUUUGGAUGCUACUCAGCCCUAUACAAUUGAGACCAGCAUACAUGAACUUUAACAGCAGCAAUGAAACCCACCACACUGAAUCAGGUCUUAAAAACUGUCUGACUUGCAAAAGGAGAAGGCGCUUGCUCCUGCCUUGCGCCAGCCCCAUUGAGCAAUCUAGCCUGAAAAGAGGUCACACAAAAGGAAUUCAAGCUCAAUUGACAAAAGAUUGAGCUGAACUUUAAUAUAUUUUCGGCUUGGAAGUUUUUGAGCUUUGUUUUUGAUUGCUGCUUAAGAUAGAAAGAAGUUACAUAAGUAAAUGAAAAUGGGAAUGAGUGGAGACUUUUAUUUGGUAGCGCAUGUUUUAGGAAGAGGCAUAAGCGAAUAUCCACAAAAAUUUAAAUCAGACACUGAAACAAGGACUACAGUGAACAGAUGUUUCUUUGCCAGGACUGUGGAUUUCAAGAGUGCACCCCAAUUGCAAGUUAAGCAAAAGCCAUAAUAUUUUCUUUUCUGAAAAACACUAAGCCUUUUCUCAACGCUUGCCUGGCUCCACAGAGAAGUGUUUGACUGAGAAACCAGGAACUUAUGGGGAGAUGCCAGCUUUUGUUACAGGAGGUUAAAGGUUCCCUAGAGCACAAAGACACUUUUCUUCCCUGGACGAUCCUGUCAUGGUAUACAUCAGCAUAACUAACAGCCUGGCAAAGCUCAGAAGUAAGUACUCAAGAGAUACUUGGUGAAAUUUGAAAAGAAAAUUUUUUCAAACAGUCAUGAGCUUUUGUCUAUAAGCAUCUACAUGUCAACAUUUGUCAAUAGAAAUCUACUAAAAAAACCUAGCAAGAUCUUUGCUUUCUUUUAAAGCAAUAUGUAGAGUAACUCGCACAGCUUUCUAUAUAAGUACAGAACCCCAACAUAUCCUUCCAAAAUAAUGCCUUACUUUGUGUUGCAAAGAGAUUAAUAAUUACUCUUAUCCAUAGUGAGCUGAUGCAAUUUCAUUUGCGUUCUAUACACCCACGCUGCUGUUUCCUUCUGAUCUACGUGUGCAGCUUAGCUACUGUUCUGCUGAAAAGCGAGCAUCUGAUAAUACCUUCCUGAAAAGAUGCCUAUACCGUGGCUGCCCGCUCCAGUCAGUGACAAAGAAUGGAGAUGUCAGCUGUUUACAAAAGAAAAUAAAGAACUUAAUGUUCCAAACAUCCCAAGAGAAAUAACUUCAUCAUAAAGGCUUCAGCAUCAGCUGUUAAGUCCAGCAGAAUACAAUAAUGGAACUAUCCCUGGGUCUGCGCAAACCCCGUCGGCUACCUGGGAACCUCAUGGCCGUGUGGAUGUGACGCACCAGGCUACUACAUUUGCUACUGAUAUCCAGAGAGAAUACUUUUCGUGGGGAGAAGGCGUUAAAGUGAUGGGCUGAACUUAUGGGAGGAACUAGCACCAAUUCAAGCGGUGAUUCAGGGGCCGUUUGGAAGGCGUGAAGGCCUAGUUUCAGUAAGGGCAUGGCCAAAGCUUUCUUCAGGCUACAGAAGUUUCUUCGGCGGGCUCAAUUUCUGCUCUUUUUCCUCACAGCAGCUUACCUGAUGGCUGGUAGCCUUCUGCUGCUACAGCGGUCUCGCUUGGUUAUCCAGCAAGGUUCGCGUGGGACCUCCGCUAAUCAGGCUCUGCCGGUUUUGGACGUGAUGACAGGGGUUGGAAUAGGGGUAGACACGAGGACUGUGCAAAACCCUCGCCCAAGCCCCCGGCUCCUGGUGGGCAUGGACAUGCUCCAGGAGUCAGCUCUGGACCAGAGGCACAGCCCACGGUGGCUCAUGUCCCGUAACUCGGAGCUAAGGCAGUUGCGGAGAAGGUGGUUUCACAGGUUCAUCAACGAACAGGAACCCGCGCAAACAAAAAGAUCUAAAGUGAUGGAGCAUACUGCUGAGAACAAAGGCACCUACAUUGGAUGCUUCAGUGAUGAUUCCAGGGAGAGGACAUUGAAGGGAGCCGUGUUUUAUGACUUAAGAAAAAUGACAGUAUCUCACUGCCAGGAAGCUUGUGCUGAGAGAGCUUACACCUACGCUGGUUUAGAGUACGGAGCAGAAUGCUACUGCGGAAACAAGCUGCCCACCACCGCCUCGAAGCCGGAGGAGUGCAACAGCGAGUGCAAGGGGGAGAAGGGCUCCAUCUGCGGAGGAGUGAACCGCCUUUCCGUCUACAGGGUGGAGGACCUACGGGCUGGAGCAAAGCAACGGAGGAAUGUUAUCUAUCGAGGAUGUUUUAGAGCUCCAGCAAAUUUAACAGACACCUUUCCAGCCUCUUUGAUACAGCCCAAUUUGACGGUGGAGAUGUGCUCUGAAUUUUGCUCCAAGAAAGAGUUUCCCCUGGCAGUCAUCCGAGGGACGGAGUGCUACUGCGGCUACCCCACGAAGCGCUUCACACUGCACGACGAGGCGGAGGGGCCACGCUGCCACCGGCUGCACAACGCCGGGAAUUAAAAAGCCACAACACUAACAAUGAAAUAUCUUCUGUACUCUACAGACACUCGCUGCACAGAUAGGAAGUUCUUAACCACGAAAUCCAAAGUGUUUGUUGCUUUGUCCAGUUUUCCUGGGGCUGGGAAUACAUGGGCUCGCCAUUUAAUAGAACAUGCCACAGGAUACUACACAGGCAGCUAUUACUUCGAUGGAACCCUGUACAACAAAGGUUUUAAAGGAGAAAAAGACCACUGGAGAAGUAGAAGGACCAUCUGCGUGAAAACACAUGAAAGCGGCAAGACAGAGAUCGAAAUGUUCGACUCGGCGAUCUUGUUAAUAAGAAACCCAUACAAGUCACUGAUGGCGGAGUUCAACAGGAAAUACGCCGGGCACCUGGGGUACGCGACAGACAGGAACUGGAAGAGCAAAGAAUGGCCCGAUUUUGUGAACAGUUAUGCCUCGUGGUGGGCAUCCCACGUCCUGGACUGGCUGAAAUAUGGAAAACGCCUGCUUGUCAUCCACUAUGAGGACCUAAAACAGAGCCUUAUCCCCAAGCUGAAGGAAAUGGUGGAAUUUCUAAAUAUGACUGUGACAGAGGAUCGGCUGCUCUGUGUGGAAAACAACAGGGAUGGGAAUUUCAAGCGGUCAGGCGCUAAGCAAAAGGAUUUUGAGCCAUUUACCCAGGAGAUGAAAGAUCUGAUCAACAGAUACAUCCUGACUGUGGACGAGGCCCUGAGAAGAAGAAACUUCACAGGGCUGCCCAGAGAGUACGUGCCGAGAUGAUAGCCCAGUAGCACUCAGCUGUGUUUAAAAAUAAUAAUAAUAAUAAUAAUAAUAAAUAAAAGAGAGACAAGAGCUUUAGAGGAGAGGAAGCAAAGACACUGGUGGAGCCUGCUGAGCAGGGCAAGUCCUCCCCGCCCCGGGGUGCUUG